CAACAACAUAUAAAAAAAGGUUACUACAAUUCAACAAUCAACGACCUAUGGGUGAUUCUUUUUUUGGUUUCGACACCAACUUACCGCCUUUGAGCGAAAGAGAAUUGCAGCAAUUGACUGACCAAGAAAAAAAUAAUAAUAAAGAUGUUUCAAGUUAUGAUCAAGCUGAUGUCGAUGUCUAUGACUUUGCCACACUUCGCGACGAACUUGGUGCUCAUGAAGAUGUGUUGCUUGAAGACGACGAUCAUCUCGGUGAUCAGUUAUUAGAAGAAGGCGAUAUCAACAAUGAUAUUACGUUUGCGGAUGCUCCAGUCGACAAGGACUUCGAUUUUUCUGGCAACACUCAGAAAUUUAGUGCAAACUUUAAAGAAACGGGCUUUACAGAAGAAGAAGCUUUCUUUGCUAAACGAAGAACAAAGGAAGAAUCUGUCAACAGCAGUUUUAGAAAUAUCUGGGGGCCUUCAACCAAUCCUGCUGGACACCAGACAACAGUUGGAAGAAACUUUGGCGAGGCUUCUCCUAUCGCAUCUUCCAAAUCCAUUUGGGGCAACUUUAGCAGUGGACUAUCAACACCCGAAACAAACGGGUUCUCUCCUUUAGCUACAGGUCACAGUGGUUUGUCUCCCUUUACGGCUGCUAAUAAACAAUCUGUGCGUACUCCUCAACAUCAACCACAGCAACAGCAACCUCAACAAUUUGUCGGUGGCCUUUCUCCUAGUGUAUCUGCUGGAUAUGGUCCUCAAGCUCGUGUGAAGCCUUUGACCUUGGAAGAUUUAGAAGCAGACAUGCAGCGUCAAGCUGCGGCCAAUCGAUAUCGUACUAAUGAUCCUGUUAAUGGCAAGGUGAUGAGCUUGGCUGAACUAGAAGCUAGUUUUGCUACUAGUGGUAAUCGUCCUCAGCCAGGAGCACAGACAUCUCCUUUUGCCUACCCUCAACCUGAUCCUAUGCAGUUGUUAGCUAUGAAACAGCAGCAUGAAUUGAAGGAACAGUUGUCGAUUGCUCGAGAACUCAAACGCAGGGAGAACUAUCGAAAGUCUCAGUAUGAUGGGCUCAUGACUCAGCAUGAUAAAGAUCUUGUGAACCGCAUUCAGCUUUCUCAGCUAGCCUCAGGUGAUCCAUACGCUGAUGAUUUCUAUUAUCAGGUAUACACCUCUCUUCGUCAACGAGCUGGUUUACCAACUGCCCCUGCUGUCAACACACCUAAUGAACGUGGAAACCGUGGCCGUAGAGACGACAAUAUGAUGCAUCGUAUGCAACAACAGUUACAACGCAUUGUAAAUGAAGCCAAACGUCGUCCUAAGCAAACCCAAGUUUCGCUUGAAGGUGCACUUGGUAAGAUUACAUCCUUGACUGUCCGUAACCCUCGUCAAGUAUUGCAAGUCGCCAAUGCACACGCUGCCCAUACUGACUCAGGCCAUACGUUACAUGAUGCUCACUCAGCUUCUGUCUCUCAAAAGGCUAAAACCAAUAUCGACAGACGUCAAGUGUUGAAAUUGACUGAAGAUCUGUACACGACUAUACUUGAAAUUGAGCAAAUGCGUCGUCAAGGACCCCCCAAGGGAGCUGAAGAGGACGAUGAAGCAGAUGCAGUUGAGGAAUUUCAUCAAGCGCUUGCAGACAAGGUUGAAAAGCUGUGGAAUUCUUUACGCCUUUCAGAAUCUUCUGAUCUGACUGUUCCUUUUUUGGUGCUCUUAUUAUCUACAGCUAAAGGCAAGAAGUUGAUACCUCGUAUCGUUCGUCAAUUAAACAGCAGCCAAAGCAUGAAGGUUUUGAACGCGAUGAUUGCCAAUUUCACCAAGCUUCAAGUCUGUCGUUAUGUCAUCUAUCCUGGAACAGCUGUUGCUAAUGUACAAGAAGCUCAACAUCACAUGUUUGUCCCUUUUGAGGAAGUAGAACUAUUCAUGAACGCGACAGCUCCACCACUUUUACAAAUCAUUGCCGAAUCACCUUUGCACACAGUCAACGAUUUACUCCAACUCUUCCUUCAGCAAAACGAUGUACUCUCGAUCGUGCAUACAAAGCCUGGGCUCGCUUUUCUGACGAUGCUCUUGUCGCGUGCAGAGAUUUUGAAACAAGGAGGAGGAGCUUUACAAGGAUUUGCUCCACCUUCUCCUGAGGAAAUAACACGAUGGCAGGACCUUUAUACUGCCUUGUUCAACAUGAUCAAGGGACGCUAUCUCGGCAUAUUUCCUUCUUUAUACUACCUGAUUCCAGUUAAUCCCAAUACAUCGAUAGUUCAGCUGUCACUAGCAGUAGAUGACAUGUAUGUCUGGCAAUUUUUGGCCGCGAUGGCAGUUGGUGCCUCUAUGGAGCAGCAACAUAUUCUCGUCACAGAAGUCAGAGACCGAGUCAUGGAAAAUAUUUUGCUUGCUAAAAGUAAUAGACUUCCUCUUGAGCAAGCAAAUCACCGCAUUGCAAAUGUUAACUUAUUCCUACAUGCCUUGGGUUUGGAUGCUUCUCAAGUCUCCGUUCCUCUAUAAACAGACUUUCUCUAACAAAAAAAAAAAAAGAAGAAAAAGCAUAAACCUUUUAUAUAUUGUAAUUUGAAUAAAAAAAAG